CUGGGAGCAUCGUCUAUAUCCGCAUAUACCAGAACAGGGAUCAUCGCCAGGCUCACCCUCACUCGAUCAUCAUGGCGGCCGAGAUCCAUCCGCAUGUCAACGGCUCAGCAUCAACUGCCGCCGAGGCCAGCAGCUCGACCGGCGUUUCUCUACCCUCCCUCUCCUCCCUUCUCGCAUCCUCGGCUUCGCGGACGCAGUCUCUCUUUGCCUCGUCUUCUUCUCCCUUCUCUGCAAUCACGUCUACUUCCCGCUCCUCAGCAUUCGAAGAGUCAUCGAAAGCUCACCUUGCAAGCAAGAUUGUGGGAGAGUAUGGAGAUGCUACCAUUCUCCAUCCGGCUAUACAGUCCCAGCAGCUGAACCAGGCAGGCCCAGGCAGACCGGCAAAGGGCAAGGGAAGGGAUGAUGGGACGGCAGGCAGUAAUACUCUGGAGUCGGAAUGGAUUGAGGACAUCGAGAAGAAGAGAGGCGCAAAUGGUGCAACAGCAGGUCCAUCUGUCGCCCCUCCACCGUCCGCGAAUGGGGGUGCUCUGAUCAAGCACUCGGAUCAAAAGCUGCCACCGCCGGGUGAAUAUGAUCGUAGCUCUUCUCUCAGCAUGGCCUUGCAGCUCAAGCGGAGACAAUUGGACAAUGUAGCCAAGCCAGAAGUGUACCAUCCGCGUUGGAAGCUCAGCAGGGUCAUUGCUGGUCAUUUGGGUUGGGUACGCGCCAUUGCAGUAGAUCCGGGAAAUCAGUGGUUCGCUACGGGAGCGGGAGAUCGAAUGAUCAAGAUCUGGGAUCUUGCUUCCGGAGAGUUGAAGCUUUCGCUCACUGGUCAUAUCUCGGCAGUGAGAGGUCUGGCAGUGAGCGAUCGUCACCCCUACCUCUUCAGUUGUGGUGAAGACAAGAUGGUCAAGUGUUGGGACUUGGAGCAGAACAAGGUGAUAAGACAGUAUCACGGGCACCUGUCCGGCAUUUACUCGCUAGCGCUGCAUCCCACACUGGAUGUCCUAGUCACAGCAGGUCGAGAUGCUUCUGCCAGAGUGUGGGAUAUGCGGACCAGGGCGCAGGUACACGUCCUAUCAGGGCAUACUGGAACUGUUGCAAGCGUACAAUGUCAAGACAGCGAUCCUCAGGUCAUCACUGGAAGUAUGGAUAGCACUGUCAGACUGUGGGAUCUGGCAGCAGGCAAGUCGAUGACCACCUUGACCCAUCACAAGAAGAGUGUCAGGGCAAUUGCAACACAUCCGACGAAGUUCUCGUUCGCCUCCGGAUCGGCGGGAGGUAACAACAUCAAGACAUGGGUCUGCCCUGAGGGCACCCUCUUUGGCAACAUGGCUCAUGAGACCAUUGUGAAUACGAUGAGCGUCAAUGCAGAUGGCGUGCUCUUCUCGGGCGGCGACAAUGGCAGCAUGAAGUUCUUCGACUACACUUCUGGCAUACCUUUCCAGACUCUCGAUGAUACUCCUCAGCCAGGGUCCCUUGAUGCUGAGUCUGGUAUCAUGGCUUCGACAUUCGAUCGGACAGGCACGAGGCUGCUGACGGGAUGCUGUGACAAGUCGAUCAAGGUGUGGAAGGAGGAAAGCUGAAGCGUGUACCGAUUCGAUCUCAUGCAAUUCACUCUAGCAUCUCUGCGCACUUCCCCGUCCUACUG